CAACUGUUUAUCUAUCUGUGUUUGCUAACGGUGGUUGCUGAGUGAGUGUAUUUCAAUCGCUUCUUAUCUUGCUCAACAAGACGUGCCAAAUAGCUAGCUAGUAGCUCAGGCUACACAUUGAUGCCCCGGUCAGUGAGUCCAGAUGCAUGAGUCUGGGUCAGAACAGACAGCCUGCACCAGUCCAGCCAAUCAGACGGAGAAUGGGGACAGUGCUGAGAAGGAUGAUUGUCUGAGUGCUAAGCCACUAACUCCAGAGGGUUCUGGGGCUGACAGUCAGCAGCAAAACCAGGUUACAGUUUCAGUGUCUAUGAUGACCCCUCCGGUGGAGACUCAGCAGACACAGCAGCAGGUCCUCAACCCACAGCAGAUCCAGGCCCUGCUCCAGCAGCAGAAAGCACUCAUGUUACACCAGCAACACAUACAGGAUCUCUGCCAGAAACAGCAGGACCAGUUCAACGCCCAGCUCCUACAGCAGAAGCAUGCUGAGAAGUCAGGCCAAGAGCUAGCUGCUCAGCACAUGGCCAUCCAGCAGCAGCUCCUGCAGGUCCAACAGCAGCACCUCCUUAGCCUCCAGAGACAGGGUCUCCUGUCUGUCCUGCCCUCCAUGAGCCCCUCUGCAGCUCAGGGUUUAAUGAAAGGGUGUGAGAAUGGCACCAGCCUGCUCUCUGGUGGUGAGAAUCCAGCUACUCUUCAGAAGAACCUGCUCCACAGUCAGCAUUCCACCACCAAUGGGAAUCAUCCAUCACAGAUCCUAAAGAAGAAAGACAGUGUGCCUGUGGAUAAUCACACACAAAACACUCACCCUCUCUAUGGACACGGCAUGUGCAAAUGGUCUGGCUGUGAGGCUGUCUUUGGAGACAUUCAAGUUUUUCUCAAGCAUCUAAACAGUGAACAUACACUGGAUGACAAGAGUACAGCACAGUGUAGAGUGCAGAUGCAGGUUGUUCAGCAGCUAGAACUGCAGUUGAAAAAAGACAAAGAGCGUCUGCAAGCCAUGAUGUCUCACCUCAAAUCCUCUGAUCAAAAGUCCAAACCAGCAACCCCAACGGGGAAUCUUGUGCCCAAUGUCUCCUUCUCCCAGGUGACAUUUCCCAAGGUGCUUCCUUCCAUGACCUUGUCUCAAAAUGCCACUGCUCCUUCUACACCCCUGACACCACCCCCAACCUCCUCCUCUAUCCUCCCUCCCCACACCCUGCUCACUGUGAGCCCUGGAAGGAGAUGGUACUCAGACAGCAAGACCAUGAAAUACAGCAAGACCAUGAAUCAAGAUAUUGUUCAGAAUAAAGAAGCUAGACCGCCAUUUACAUAUGCAGCCCUAAUAAGACAGGCAAUAUUUGAAUCCCCCUAUAAGCAGCUGACACUAAAUGAAAUCUACAAUUGGUUCACGCGAACAUUUUCCUAUUUUAGACGCAACGCCGCAACAUGGAAGAAUGCAGUGAGACACAACCUCAGCCUCCACAAGUGUUUUGUGAGAGUGGAGAAUGUAAAAGGAGCUGUGUGGACAGUUGAUGAGAUGGAGUUCCAGAGGAGAAGGCCCCAGAAGCCUGCUGGUGAAGGGUCUCUCAAGAGGGAGAACACUGACCAUGGUCACUGCUCAGCUUUCCUUACUCCUAAGGUGGCCCUGAUGAUACACAGGGGCCUGUUUGAACUCCUAGAGACUGAAGGUGGGGACUUGCUGGACUCCAGCUUCCAGUCCUGUGACCAGAAGACCAGUGGCUGCUGUGACAUGGAGGAUGUUGCCACUACAUCCCCACAGAUUGCCAUAGAAACCAUGCUAGAGGAGUUGGCUCCCAACCUGUGGGAAGAUGACCUGGACAGACUGGUGGACUUUGGCCACCUAGUCAGCCCUGAGCUACGAAUGAAAGUGCUGACUGUGCUGCUCCACGGGGGCGUGAACAUCGACAUGUCCUUCAUGGUGUACGUGGCCCACCAGAAAGGGUUCCAGACGGAAGAGGAGAAGGCCCGGAUCAGCCGCUGCAUGAUGGAGCUGGAGCUGCCUGUGUGGCACCAGGACUGCACUCUGGCCCUGGUGCAGGAGUUUAAACACUCUGCAGGGUCCCUGAGGAUGCCUGUGCUGUGCAGGUCUGGACAUCUUUCCUUUAAAGGGGAAAGAUAUGUACCCAUUGAUUAUUGAAGAAUAUAAUGUAUAAAUGCCUCAUGAGCUAAGUUCAACUGUCUUACCCCAUCAGAACCCAAAAUAUAAGCUUGUUUUACUCCU